AUGGAUCAGCGUACCGAAAGCUCAGUGCCACGGAGCCCCGGCAAUCAAGGUGAAGGCGGCCAAGCCUCCCCCGAUCACCCGGAUGAAGGCAUCCUGGAUAGGAAACGACCUAUCACCGGCGUAACGACAAGUUUCACUUCCGGCUUCAGCCGCAAACAAACCUCGACUCCUGCCUCAGGCGCCACCCCUAUUUCGACGUCAACUGUCAUGGCUUCGCGCAAAGAAGCGUCCUCAAAGACAUCUAACACCGACUCUUCGCAUUCUUAUAAAGGAGACCGCAAGCCGUCAAAUGCGUCAGGGAAACCAGCUGUCAGGGAUAUUGUCUCCUGGCUGGAACACAAGAAGCCAAUUGCUACUGGGAUGACCGAGAGACCCUUACGAAAGUUCACUCCAACAUCGUCAUACAGUGGCCAGGAGCCGAGUUCAAAGUCUCUUCCCGCCAACGUUGGAGCUGCCCUUGCUCCCUCUCGAUACAACGAGAAUGUCCCAGCUAUUGUGGCUGUGCCCUCGCCUCCGACAUGUGUCCCUGGAACGGAGGAGGACUCCUUGACGAUGCUCACGUAUCAAGAAUUCUUUGCAAACCAGGCGCUUGGCUUGCCCUCGGAGGACCAUUCGCCGGACGACUUACAUUAUCCUUGCGGUAUGACUUCGAACAGUCGCGUCUACGGAAUUAAGCAUGAAUCUAGCGGGAGGGAUGUUCCUUCAUUCAGCAAUGGUGAGUUUCCGCAUCGAUUUUCUUUCUGUCAGAGGCAUCUUCUCAUGACCAAAGUCCCUGGAGAUAGUGCUGCCGAGGCCAAGGCGAAUAUCGAAUGGCAGAUAGGCAAAAUGGAAUGGGUUCGUGGCCACCUCGACAUGCCCGACGAGGAAGUUAACAGAAACGCCGAGAAGCGUGCGAUUAGGUCCGGAGAGAAGAAGCUCAUCCGUGAGGCCACCAUUAGUAACAGGGCUCUCGCAGCUGCCCAUAGCGACCACGCAAACCGAGGCUCGCACGCUUUGUUCCCCCCUAUCACAGAUGACACCAUGGUUUGGCGGGACCGCAGGGUUGCAGGAUCUCUUGUCCGUGCUCCCCAAGAUGACUCUGACUCCGACGAGUUCAGGUUCGACAACAUGUAUGGGUUCCGCUCUGGGGCCGCCUAUAGCAGUCCAAUACCCGCCCCUCUACGUUUACCCUCAAGACAACACCAGCCCGAGUUGCCUUUGCAGGGUGACCAGCAGGUCCAGGCUGGAGAAAUCGCAAUCAGGCCGCUUUGCCUGCGCAAACCUAUCACCAGUAACACCAAUGCCAUGGCGUCGAGUCCUGACUUCGGCCACGCUGAUCCUAUAGCAAGCUCUGCCAUACAGACCACGCACAGAGCAUUCCUGGAUAAUGACGACCGCCUGGACGGACCUUCUCAGGGUUUCCAUCCGAAUCUAGACAAUGGGAAGGCGGACUGGAAGUUCCCUCGAAACUACACAGGCUCCGCCAGCCGCUCAAGUGAAUCUUCCUCAACCAAGGCGCCACAGCCUGCCGAAGAGACCCCACACCCUCAAGUCAACAAUGCAUCAAACCAUCACCCGAUCGCAGCAAGGUCAUCGUGCCGUACCAGCUGGGACGCAAUGACGAUUCAGGAGAAGCUCCGGGUUCUCGACGCCUUCUUCGACAACGACGCCCCCAUCGGCUCCCACCUCCCGCCCCUCAUAAAGGAGCAGCAAAUCCUGUACGACGAAGUCUUCGCCAAAGUGCUCGCCGUGCCCUCCGAGCAUGCAGAAACGCCUCAACUCAAGGCAGAGCGCGACGCGGCCCGAGCCAAGAAUAAAGCGGCAGGUGACCGCAUCUCCAGCGCCUAUCACGAUUCGAUGAGGCGGCUCCUGCCCCAUGACCAUCAUCAGGUCGCCUUCCCACAUCAGUCCCACUCGUUUUGCCCAGCUGACGGCAGGAAAGAGGCUACAGAAACACUCGGCGUCUCUCAUGGAGGCCCAAAGACAGCAGUUGACACGACGAGGAUGAAUAGCGAGAGUUGGCGCGACCACUUCAGGGGCACUGAACCGCCGCCAGGGAGAGGUCCGGGGUCCGAGCCUAGGAGGCGCUUAGAAGGAGUCCCGCCCUGUCCAACCCGCCGAGCGCCUGUCGUGCCUCGUGAGGGGGGACGGAGGUUCCGCCGGGCCCUGACUGAGCCACCCAACCCGCCGACGGCAUAUGACUGGAGUUGA